AUGAGGUUCACCACUCUCUGCCUCACCGCCCUAGGCUUCAUCGGCCUCGCCAUGAGCCAAGGCAGCGAGACAACCCUAACAACAAGGCCAUGCAACAACCCCAAGUACUGCACUACAGUACGCACUCCACCAGCCCGCUCCAACGUCUACACCUCCAAGGAAACCACCGACUCCACGGAACUCACCCGCACCAUCACCGCGCACCGCCGCCAGCUCACCGUAGUCGAGUCUCACACCCGAGCCAGCGUCCACACCUCCAAGUCCAUCAAGACGCACAAGCCUCCAAAGCCGUCCAAGACCAAGACCUCCGGGGACUCGGAAAUCCCUAAGCCCUCCGAGGGUUUCGAUGAUUCGGUCAAGCCGACCCGGAUGAGCGUCACCGCUCAGCGUCGCCAGGCCCUGCCAACUACUGCGACUUGCACUGAGAUCACCUCUUGGGACUCGAAGACUUAUGCGACUGCGAUAUCUACGCAUAUUCAAUGCGGACCAGACAAGUCUAAGCCUACUUGCUCUACCUCGUAUGAGUGUGGAUGUCACUCCUCCGCCUUUACGAGAGACGAUAAUCCUGAUAUACAUUUUUGCUGGCCCAUGGCGACUAGCACUAUCUUCCCCCCGGACUACGGCGGUGGACGGUCUCAGCGGUGGGUCGCGAGGCAGGCAAGGGCCACUCAUGCGCCUAGACUUGCGUCUCAGGAUCUCGGAGGUCGGUCUCAGCGUCUUGUUGCCAGGCAAGCAGUGCCGACAUCAACUUGUUCUCCGGGCCAUGUUGGAAGCGACUGCAGCGUUGUCGUCUCGCCGCCUAAACCGACGAAGUCUUGUCCUCCGGGUUGGGUUGGGCCUGACUGCCCUUUCGCAAGUCAUGUUCCAAGCACCCCGACGGCUACGGCUACCAGAGAUAUUUACGCUCGUCAAGAGGCUGAAGCGGGUGGGAAGCCAGUCUACGUUGUCACGGUCACCCACGUUAAGCGUGUAACCGCUCGUCAAGAAGCUGGACCGACUGAUUUAGUCGAGGUCAUGACGAACACGAACACGAACACUAAAGAAGCUGGACCCAUUGACCCGAUCGUUGUCAUCACUGUCACUAAAACUCACGAUAUUAAUGAACGUCAAGAGCCUGAGCCGACUGACCCAGUCUACGUCGUCACAGUCACCGAUAUUAUCGCUACUACCGCCCAUCAAGAGCCUGAGCCAACUGACCCAAUCUACGUCGUCACGGUCACCAACACCCUCGCUACCACCGCCCAUCAAGAAGCCGAACCAACUGACCCAAUUUACGUCGUCACAGUCACCGACACCGACGCUGCCAACCCACUUCAAGAGGUUGAACCGACUGACCCAGUCUACGUCGUUACCGUCACCGCCACCAACGCCGUCAACGCACGCCGAGUUCCUGACAAAAUUUCUGCUUCCAUUGAGCCUCAGAUGACGGCAGCCAAUUACGGAUGCCCACCAGGUACUUGUGGAUCAGCUUGUCGUUCCGGUCAUUACUGCAACAAACUGUUUGGUCGUGUCGCUGCUGUGGAGGAUGGUGUUUCGAAGGAGCCGUUGGCUUCCGAGGAACCUGUGCCUACGAGGGGGGGUUAG